AUUUUUCUGAUUAUAAGCAGCGAGCGCUACUCCAAAUCCUAACCCUAAUUUAACUAUUCUUUUUGAAAUUGUUAACAAUUUGCUGGAUUUGGGGUAGUUUGCUGCUAAGGGUUUUCUGUCUUUCACAUAUAAGGUAAGAAAGGAAGGAGAGUGCGUUGGUGCCUUAUGAUUUGUUUGCCAUAUCGUGUUUGUGGUUGUGGCAGUAAUUUGAAAUUCAAACCUUUCGUUUUAGGGCACUUAAAAGUUUGGUUUUUUUAGGGAAGGGAUUUCAUUAGACAGUGGCCAUGGCAGAGGAACGAGUUGAGUUGAGGAUUUACAAUACCAUGACCAAUGAGAAGGAGAUCUUCGCCACGAAAGAGCCAGGCAAGGUUUCCAUGUAUGUCUGUGGAAUUACCGCCUAUGACUACAGUCAUCUCGGUCAUGCACGUGCCUCCGUUUCUUUUGAUAUCCUAUACAGGUACCUUAAACAUUUGGGAUAUGAGGUGACAUACGUGCGGAAUUUCACAGAUGUUGAUGACAAGAUAAUUAAGCGAGCAAACGAGACUGGUGAGGAUCCUUUGGCGUUAAGCAACCGUUUUUGCGAUGAAUAUAAUGUUGAUAUGUCUGAUCUUCUGUGUGAGAGACCAUCUAAGGAGCCUCGCGUAUCUGACCAUAUUGUGGAGAUUAAGGACAUGAUAACUCAGAUUAUCCACAAUGAUUAUGCUUACGUGGUUGAAGGAGAUGUUUUUUAUUCUGUUGAAAAAUUCCCAAAUUAUGGCACGCUGUCAGGGCAAAAGUUAGAAUAUAACAGAGCGGGAGAACGAGUGGCUGUUGACUCAAGAAAGCGUCACCCAGCUGAUUUUUCUUUGUGGAAGGCUGCUAAGCCAGGUGAGCCGAGUUGGGACAGUCCUUGGGGUCCUGGAAGGCCUGGAUGGCACAUUGAAUGCAGUGCAAUGAGUGCUUGUUAUUUAUCUCAUAAAUUUGAUAUUCAUGGUGGUGGAAUUGAUUUGAUCUUCCCUCAUCAUGAAAAUGAGAUUGCACAAAGCUGGGCUGCUGACAAAGAGAGUUGCGUCAGUUAUUGGUUGCACAACGGCCAUGUGACUAAUAACAACGAUAAGAUGUCAAAAUCCUUAGGCAAUUUUUUCACAAUUCGGCAGAUCACGGAGCGUUACCAUCCACUUGCUUUGAGACAUUUCUUGAUUAGUGCUCAUUACAGAUCUCCGCUAAAUUACUCCAUCGCACAAUUGGAGACUUCGUCUGAUUCUGUUUAUUAUAUAUUUCAGACUCUUGAAGAUUGUAGAGGCGCUUUAUCACCGUUUCUACAAGUGGAUACUGAGAAGAAAGAAAAAGAGUCUCAAAUUGAUGAUGCUUCCAAGGAGUGUAUUAAGAAGUUAAAUGUCGAGUUUCAAACAAAAAUGUCGGAUGAUUUGCAGACAACGGUAAUACUAACCAGCGCUCUCCAAGAAGCCUUGAAAUUCGUGAACUAUUCUUUGAAGAUGUUCGAGAAAACAGCAGAAUUGCAAUUGGUUCAAUCUCUAUUGGAAGUUGAGAAAGAAGUAAAUAAAGUUUUGAGUGUACUAGGAUUAUUAUCGUCUUUGUCCUAUGCCGAGGUUCUGCAGCAGUUGAAAGAUAAGGCAUUGAAGAGAGGCGAUUUGACCGAAGACGAAGUGCUACGUCUGAUUGAAGAAAGAAGACAAGCUAGGAUUAAUAAGGAUUUUGCCAAGAGUGAUGAAGUCAGGGCCGGUUUAGCAGCAAAGGGUGUUGCGCUUAUGGAUGUCGGGAAUGAAACAGUUUGGAGACCAUGCAUCCCAAGUGAACCACAUGCAUCUCCAACAUGAAGGUUGAAUAAAUAUUCCUUUAUACACAACUAUGUUAUUAAUUUAUCAAUUUUAUAACACCAGGCUUCAAGAUUGUAUAUCAAUUUGAAGUUAUGACCAAAGUAGUGCUUUAGAAUAGGAACUUUAUCAUUUUACAU